AUUUGAAUGAGUUUUGUAAACGAUUUGGAUGAUCUAUGUGAUUUUAGUAAAUUAAGUCAAAAGUGGAAAUAAAAUAAAAAUGAAUAAGUAAAAUAACCUUCUCCAAGUCCAUCUAAAACUGAAUCAGAUAUCACUUCUAGUAAAUGUGUGUCUAAUCCAUGGAAUAAAGGUUUUAUUAUUAUAGUAUUCUAGAAAAUUUAAUGCCAAAUAAUGAAGAAGCAAAAAAAAUUAAUAACAAAAUUAGAAAUCAUGCUCCUUAAAUAAUUGAUGAGGAUACAGAAUAAUUUAAAAUAAGAUUAGAGCAUAUUUUAAAUGUAUUUAAAACAGAGGCAACAAGUGAAUUUAUGACUAUGAAAAGAUCUAUGUUAGAAGAUUAAAAAUAAACAAUAAAAUAAGACACUGAAAAGUAUUUAUAGAUGUAUGAAUUAAAAAAUAAUGAAUUAUAAUAAAUAAAAGAAUAAUUGGCAGAAUAAAUGAGAAUUUGCAAUUAGAUUACUGAAAGAUCAGAAAAAAUGGCAUAAUAUUGUGGUAAAAUGAAGAAUACAAAAAGAAAAUUAACUGUUUUAUCAAAUGUAUUAAAAAGUUUAAAAAUGUAUGCAAAAUAUUCAUAAAAGAAGAAAAAUGUAAUAAAAAAUAAUAUAUUAUAGAAUUAAAAAAAAGGAAUUAAACAUUAUAAAUUAUAUUUAUAAAGAUGGAUAUUUAAUUUAUGGAAAAAGUAGUUUAAUAUUCAAAUUAGAAUUAAUUAAUCUGAUAAAUUAAAAUUAUCUCAUUAAAAUGAUGUUGAUUUAUUGAUGGCUAAAUUUAAAAAAGAAUAAUAAUUAUUGGAAUAGAAAUUAUUUGAAGCUACAACAUAAUUAGAUGAAGCCAAUAAAAUUAAAUUAUCAAUGUAAGAAAACUUAAAGAGAGCUUUUAUGAGAGGAGUUUGUGCUCUUAAUUUUGAAGCCAUGAAUGUAUUAAAUGGAUCAUCUCAAUAAAUGGAAUUAGAUUCUUUAGCAACUAAUAUAUUGAUGAAUCCUUAUUAAUAAUCAAGUAUAUAAUAAUAAUAAAUAAUUCAUUAACCUUAAUAAUUUAAUUAAUUAAAUGAUACAUUAAAUUUAAAUGAAAGUAAAGAUUAAUGGUAAAGAUAAAAUUCACCACCUAAAAAUAUUAUUUAUCAUUAAUAAAAUAGAUUAGAAACGAAUGAUCAUCGUUGGAAGGAUGCCCCAAUUAUUGGUAUAAAGUAAUUGUCAGAAAUUACUGAAAAUUAAAGCAUAAAUAUAUCAAUAUCAAAAUUAGUAUAACAAGGUAAUAAUUUUAAUUUAAUUAGAUGAUUUAUAGUUUGAUAAAGAUGAUGAAUAAAAUGAAGGUAAAGUUAUUAAAGUAACCUUUGAUAAUCCUUCAACUUUACCAUCAUAGACAUAAUCUAUAAAAAAAUAAACAGUUUAAACAAAAUAAGCUUAAACUAAAUAACCUCAAAAAUAGACUAUAACAACUAAUUCAUCAACAUUUAAGAAGAAAUGA